AUGUUGUUACAAUCAUCUGGUUCCCGUUCCCGUCGUCAUCGACGUGCUACCGUAGCAGGUCUAUCAGGAACACCCGCCAAAAGUCCAGUCGCAUCUCCGACAUCGCUCUGUCCUCCAACUGUUGCAUAUCUGGAGCAAUUGGAGAUAGUCGUGAAGGCUUCAAAAAUUGUGCUUGAUUAUGGUAAAGACGUCGAUUAUAACUUGGUAAUUACCCCUGCAAGCGACAGCAGCCGGCAAUGGACCAUCAGUCAAUCUUUUCAAGAGUUACAGAUUUUCCAACGAGAUCUACUCGAGCUUUUACAACUUGGUCACUUGUGCCACGGCGAGUGUCCGUACCUUUAUUCAAGUAUUAAAGACCGCUUUCCAAAAGAGUGUUAUCUCUACUCGACCAGCUCGUACGUCGUAAGAAAGCGCCAACAAGCCCUUCAAGAGUUUUUUGAUACCCUUUUGGUCGCCCUUCGCAAACGUGACAAUCCUUGCAGUAUUUUGCCUGGUGCCGUGGCAGAAAAAUUCAUUGGUUUUCUAAAUAAACGAUUGCCAUUCAAGCACGAGUAUCACUUCGAAAAUUUCUUGGCUAAGGAUAAAGAGCCUCGAAGCUUUUCAAUGUCGUCCAGCACAGACAGCAGCUAUGGUACCCCGACUGACCUCUGGCAAAGAAGUAGUGAUAAAAGCAUCGAAUCAACUACGAAUUCUUCCAGUAGUAAGAACAUGCUCAUCAUCUGCGGAUUGUGCGACAGCGACGACGAUGUCAACAUGACAUUUACGACGUUAAGUUGCGGUCACCGAUUUCACGAUGAAUGCGUCGUGGUAAAACUCAAUGAGACGCUGGCAUGUCCAACAUGUGGUCAAAAGCUGUGA